CGCUAGAACCUCGGGCUGGGUGCACGCCAUGGCGGAGACGCGCGUGUUCCUGGAGGUGCGGAGACAGCUGCAGAGCGCGCUGCUGAUCGUGGGAGAACAGAAAGAAGAAGGUCUGUCGAUGGAUAUUUCCAUAACGCCGUCCUCGCUCCAGAUGAAAACCCCAGACAGCUGCACAGAGAUCAGCCUUCCAGCAGAGGUCAGGCUUGUACCUUCUUCCUGCCGGGGGCUGCAGUUCGUGGCUGGGGACGGAGUGCACCUGAGGCUGCAGGCGCGGGCAGAAUUCAGCACGAAACUGACUUCAAUGUUUAACCAGAGCUCACAAGCACAAGAAUGUUGGACAUUUUAUUGCCAGUCCUGCGGUGAAGUCAUAAUAAGGGACAGGAAGCUCCUUAGAGUGCUCCCAUUGCCAAGUGAGAACUGGGGAGCUCUAGUUGGAGAAUGGUGCUGUCAUCCUGAUCCCUUUGCUAAUAAACCACUUCAUCCACAAGAGAAUGAUUGUUUUAUUGGAGACUCUUUCUUCUUGGUGAAUUUAAGAAGUGAUUUGUGGCAGCCAAACCUUGAAUUAACCUCAGAAGAGAUGCACUGUGUUUCUUCAGAGAACCAUUUUAAAUUGAAACCAAAAGCAAAUACCAAAGUAAUUUGUAAGCGUUGCAAGGUAAUGUUGGGAGAGAAUGUGUCAUCAGAAACCACUAAGUUUUAUAUGACAGAGAUAAUUAUUCAGCCAUCCGAGAGAAAUUUUUCCAUCAUAUCAAGGUCUCAGUUUGUACAGAGUGUUAUCACCCAGUGUCUAGUGGAACUCUCCUCUGCGAGAAGCACUUUUAGAUUUGCUAUUCAAGGUGAAGACGGCAAAGUGUACAUCUUGCUAUGGCUUUUGAACUCUGACAGUUUGGUGAUUGAAUCUUUUGGAAAUUCUAAAAUUGUCAAAAAAUUCCCGCUAUUGGAAAACAUAUUAAAGGCAGAUUCCAGUUCUGCUUGGACUGCUGUCAAGGUUCUCUACCAACCAUGCAUCAAAAACAGAAACAAAACGCUUACCAGCACAUGGGAAGGUGACAUCAGUGUUCACUGUCUAACCCUGCCCUCUGCCACCUGCCUGGAGCUAUUGUUGAUCUUAUCCAUGAAUAACGCCACUCUGCCUCCAUCCCUUCGCUAUAUGAAUUCCUUUCAGGUGGCCUUUUUGAAGAUGUAACUAUUGGAGCCAGGCAUUCCUCACCCUGGAUGACAGCUUUCCCCAGCAUGGAGUGCACUGGAGGCCAGCAGUCAGCUCAGUGGGCAGCGAUACAAAGAUGUGAUCCAGAGCUCCAGGUUGAGAGUGUUGCCUUGAAGUUCUGAGUUUACCUGUUUGCAUGUGUUCCUAAGGAAAGAGUUAACUUGAAAUCUUUUCAAAGCCAAGGCUAUGAGAAAGUCAUCAUAGCAGGUUGUUGGCUCAUUGAGAUAAGUAUAGAACUUACAUCUCUGUUUCCUGCAGCGGGGAAUAUUCAAAUACGUGCUGUGUCAGCACCACCUGGAAGGAUUCCAGCUGCUGGAGCCCCAUCUGUCCUUUACAGAACUCUGUGUGGGACUUUGUUGGUAGAACUGAAUGUUAACAGCUGUAAAUCCUAGGGAAUAAAUGUUUAAAGGACUUCUCAUUUUUAUUUGCAACAAAUAAAAAGAAAAAAUACAGCAUUUUGUACACCCUAGUAGGAGAAGAGGCUCAGUAAUAAAAUGUGCGUUAAGUGAAUAAUUAUCAAAUUAAAGGUUUCCCCAUUUCUGCAGACCUUCAUGUGCUCCCUUUUUUUCUGUAUUUCCUUUCCCGAAUAUUAUUGCAAAUCCAAUAUCCCUCACUGGCAUCCUGUUUCAGACUUAUCUUAACCCAUGUGAGCCAGACCAGGUGGUGAGGAAAGCAUUGGCUGAGAGUGGCGGAACGAGAGGGAACCAUGUAAAAUGCAGACCAGCUCUGC